CUUUAAAAUGAGUACUGCGGGAAUGGCCUACGUGACAAAAUUUUCUUCUGGCUCUCUAGUUUUUAUUCUUGUAGGCGCUUGGAUGUGUUGUAUAAAUCUCUUCUUCCUUGGGAACAGUUUUUGGUAUCUGACAAGGCUAAAUUUCAGGGCAUCUGUCCUUUUUGAUUAAGAAUUUCAAGUACAUGCUAUUUGUUGUUAAGAACGUAUCAUGCAAAGCAGAUAUGAAUGAUAUCCUCCAACUUGAAGUGUUAUCGAAUUAAAGUUAUCAUUUGCAAGUAGAUGACAGACAAUAAACUUUUUAAAAUACUGGUAUAACUGAAAAAAGUUAGAUUCAUAAACGUGGCUCAUAUCAAUCGCUUAUUUUAUUAUCCUUCUGCAUAUAUCAUUGUAUUAGCGUUACCUGGUAACUCCGCUGUCACAAAAAUAUAUCGUGACGAAUGUGCGAAGUCAGUGGAAUUAUUCUCAAAUGAAUGUUUGCUUUUCAUUCCAGUGUAUCCUGAGAAAUAAUGAUGUUAGUGAAGAUUAUGUUGUGAUUGUAUUCUCUCACGUACAGCACUUGGAGUAGGAAACACUUGCGAAUUAGAGGCUGUCAAAUAUCCAAACUUCUAAAGUUCCUUAAUGGCUGAAGACCAUAAUGACAGUUCAUUUAACCACAGCUUCGAAUCGAGGAAUUCCUCCGUGUGUGGCUCUUCAGACUGUAUCCCGUGGCUUGCUGUGAGCAUCACUGAAUGUCUGGCCAUAGUCAUCUUUAAUCUCCUCACCAUUAUUGUAUUUGUGAAGCAGCGCCAGCUACAGCGCAGAAGCACUUACCUGAUCAUCCACUUAGCGGUAGUCGAUCUCUUGGUCGGAGCAGUCUCAGGACCUGUGAUUAUUGCUUACCUAUUUAAGUUUUACCUGGACUCACAAAAGAAGCAUUCAGUAAUAUUUCCAAUAUUUAGUGAUUUAUUUCCCACAACUUCAAUUGCAAAUCUUGCUGUCAUUGCUUUAGAAAGACGACAUGCCACAUUUUAUCCCUUUAAGUAUCGAGAAGUUAAGAAGUGGAUUUAUGGGAUCAUAAUUGUUGCCAUUUGGUUCGUACCUUUGUGUAGAGAGAUCGCUCAGGAUGUUUUAUACUAUCGAGAAGGGAAUUCGGAUCUUUCGAUAUUGUUUUCAAGAUUUAGUUAUGUAUUAUAUUCGUCAGUUUUUCUUAGUAUUAUCUGCAUUUCUUACAUUGCAAUUUUUAUAAAAAUCCGAUGCAGUCCUAAUCCUCAUUCUCACAAUCUUGGUCCAACUAAAAGAGAAAGAAGACUAACAACCACCCUUCUUUUCGUGACGCUUGCGUCUUUGCUGACUUGGCUGCCGUCUACCUUUUUCAGAAUCGCCAUAUUUUGGGGUCACAGAAUGAUGUCUUCUCAGUCCUUUUUUUAUAUUUACGUGACAGUGGCAGCGUUGAUUGGUGCCAGUUCCUUGGCAAAUCCAAUUGUAUAUGCCGUAAGGAUGCCGGAAUUUAGAGAAGGUUUGGUAAAAUUAUUCCGCAAAGCCCCGAAUCAUGCAUAUGAGGCUGAUUCACCACUAAGGACUAGGCAGUCCUCCCUACCCUAAACAGUAUUCCUGAGCCAAAAAUUUAACUUGUCGCAAGAAUCAUUUCCUGAAAUAUCUUGCAUAUAUAUGCGGUGUUCUUACUUUUUCCUUGAUACAAUGAUAGUAAUUUUUUUUGCAAAUUUAGUCUUAAUCGCCAUGGCAUGGGUGCCUUUUGAGUAUCACUUUUUUGCAUGAUCUACAUGCAGUUUCUAUAUCAUUGCGAUGUAAUAUUUCAAUAAAUGGCUUGAGCCAAGGAGUAACGUGAUUCUGUUAAGAGUCGGAUGAUAACUUCCACUUAGGACGUCAGUCACAUAUUCGAAUUAGAAUAACCGACGACAUUCCUUCUACCUUCAAGCAAACGGUUAGAUAACACGGUCAUAUUAAGCUGUUAAUAAGGAUUCCUUUUGUAAAUAUUAUUUAGCAAAUAUUAUUUGUAUUAUUAGUUCUCUAAGAAGGAAAGAAGAAAUAAGUGAGCUGUAAUUAAGCUAUGUAAUGUUAUUAUUGUGAUGCGUGUCUCGUUAGUUGAGUAGGCAUCGUGAGACCUUUUAAUGUAACAUUUGAUAAAAUGUAUAAAGUGUUGACAAAA